AUGUCCUUCGACCUUGACCUGAUUAUUCGUAACGGUAUCGUGGUCACCGCGGCUGAUCAAGUGGCUUGCGAUAUCGGUAUCAAGCAUGGGAAAAUUAGCAUCCUCGCUGCCGGUUUGCCCUCACUGGACGGAUGCCAGGAAAUAGACGCCGAUGGAGGGUAUAUUACUCCUGGGGGUGUUGAUAGUCACGUCCACGUUGCUCAGUCCGCCGCGAAGGGCCUUGGGGCUCGGUCCGCGGAUGAUUGGACGAGCGCGACUAGGAGUGCUUUAGCUGGCGGGACGACCACCAUUCUGGCCUUUGCUGUCCAGGCUCGGGGAACUUCACUUGCUGACGCCGUCAUUGACUAUCAUAAAAAGUCUGAUGAUUUUGCUGUCUGUGAUUAUGGAUUCCACCUCAUUGUUACGGAUCCAAAUGAGCAUCAGAUGCACUCCGAACUCCCAAAGCUUGUUAAGGAAGGGAUCACGUCCAUGAAAAUAUAUAUGACUUAUGUCGACUUGAAGCUUAACGAUGGCGAAAUCCUCAAUGUAUUAGUAGCUGCACGAAAGUACAAGGUGACUACUAUGGUCCAUUGUGAGAACGCGGAUGUCAUCGACUGGAUGACGAAGAGUCUUCAAGAGCGGGGAAUGACUGAACCAUGGCAUCACGGCACCUCAAGGCCUCCUAUCGUCGAGUCUGAGGCCACGAAUCGUGCCUUGGCACUUGCAGAACUUAUGGACACACCCAUGCUUAUCGUCCAUGUUUCUGCUCCAGAGGCAAUCAAUAUCAUCCGAAAAGCUCAAACACGACUUCUUCCUAUCUACGCAGAGACGUGUCCUCAUUAUGCGAUACUGGACGGCUCGCAAAUGCGGAAGGAAGGGUUUGAAGGUGCAAAAUGUGUCUGUGCACCGCCGCUCAGGGACGACCCUAAGGAUAAGGAGAGAAUCUGGGAGGGUCUCGCGAAUAGCACAUUUACAGUGUUCUCUUCGGAUCACGCGCCUACAUGCUACAAUGAUGAGCAUGGCAAACAACUCGGUCUCAUCAAGAAUCCCACAAACAAUCCCCGUGGGAACUUUAAGACGAUACCCAACGGGCUUCCUGGCGUUGAAACCCGGACACCUUUACUAUGGAGUGAGGGUGUAUUGAAGGGUCGCAUUACCCCUCAGAAAUUCGUAGAGUUAAAUUCAACUAACGCAGCCAAAUUAUAUGGGAUGUAUCCUCAAAAGGGGACCCUACAAUCCGGUAGUGAUGCCGAUCUUAUCAUCUGGCGCUCAGAUAAAAACCGCAGGCCUUAUAAGAUCGAGAAUUCGAAGCUGCACCACGCUUGCGACUACACCCCUUAUGAGGAUGUCGUUUUGGAGGACUGGCCUCGAUACACGAUUCUACGUGGGAAGGUUGUCUAUGACAGCGAGACUAAUGAAGUGAUGGCGCCGCCAGGGUCUGGCAGGUUCCUACAACGGGGAUCAAGUACGCUACCGGGCCCUCGAAAUCAAUGGUUGUCAGAAUGGCGACCUGAGUAA